AUGCUCCCAAUGAGCGUUAGUUUUGACUAUGACACUGAUAAUCAAAAGAAGACUCCUUUUACAAUUGUGGACUGCAAGCCAUUUCUUUACAGAGACAUUGAGUGUAGGGCCAAAGAAGAGGAUAGAAUAGCUCAACAGAAUUUGAAGGUCCAUGAAAAGAGCACAUUUUCAUCACGAGCAAAGUCUCGAGACUCUGUGAAAAAGAUGGACUCAGUCAUUGAAAGAGAGACCCGGGCUACAAUAGAUAAAGGGUAUAUUACUUCUGGUCCCAACUGGGCUCUUACUUUUGCAAAAUGUGAGUACGCUCUUGUAGCUUAUAUUUUGUUAUACACAUGUCAGAGUUCAAAUUUCUCCAUGCUUUGUGUCAUGGGCUCCCGGUACACAGUAAAAGUAAAAAAACAAACUAUAAAGAAGCUGGAGAAAUUAGCAAUGCAAGCUGAGAAAGAGGCCAGCUCUGCCGAAGCAAAGCUAGAAGACGAUACAAUUGCAUUUGAGGAAUUUCUGAAAGAAAACGACCGAAGUUCUGCAGAUGCACUUAAAAUUGCAGCCCAAGAAACAAAAUCUAAAAUGGAUAUGGCAGCAGAUGUAAAGUCUGCUAUUAAUGAACUCUUCGCUAUUAAAAGUGAAAUUGCAAAUGCCGAAUUCCUUCUCAUGGAGAGUUUAUAUUAUGAAGAUUUUUUGAUGAAACUUUCUCCUAAAGAAUGGCAAGAAGAACAGAGAACAAAAAAGUUGAAAGCAAGAAUAGACAAACAGAGAGAAAGAGAGAUCAUGCAAAGAGAAAUGAUUACAUGUGCUUUCACUCCACACCAAGAAAAAGAAAGUGCACGCAAAGAGAAGAUAAGUUCUUCAAUUCCACGCCAACCACGCCACGGUUCUAUUUUUUUAAAGCAAAAUAGAAUCUAUACAGCAAGUACAGACAGGCGCUUCAGUUCCUUUGAGAAAAGUGCUGGACACAAUAGGAAAGCAUCAACUCUAAAAAAUGAACGCAGGUCUUCUAGAAAGCUCACAGAAACAGACUUGGGUGAAGACGUGAAAAUGUUAAGUGAGUGGGAAAGCGAAAGUGAUUGUGCAAUUCAUGAAGAUUCCUUGAAAGACUUGGACACAGAUAUGGUGCCCGAAAUAUAUUUCACAGAUCCAAAACAGUUACUUCAGAUCUUCACAGAGCUAGAGGAACAAAAUCUUGCAUUGAUCCAAAAUAACCAAGACUUAGAUGAAACUAUGGAUGAACUUGAGCAGAUGGCAAAAAUUAUAAAGGCAAAACUAGAUGAAAAAGUAAGUGUUGUUGUAGGACAUAAAGAAAUUCUUAAAGCUGCCUGCAUCAGUGAAGAGGAAAAACGCACAGAUUUGGCACUAAGAGCUAAAAUGUUUUCUUUUGGAGAGUUUAAUCCAGAAAUCCAGGACAAAAUGCUACAUUCACUUACUAAAAAGGUUGCAGAAGUGUACAGAGUUAGUGUUGGAGAAGUAGAUACAUCAAGCAUUAACUCCAUUCAGAUGUUGAGGAGAAUAGAGAAUCGAAUUGAAGAACUGUGUGAAUUGUUGGAGUCAGUUCCAAAAGAAAAUAUUGAAGCAAUUGAGAAAAGUAAGAUGAAAGAAAGAAGACAAAGGUUACGUGAAGAAAAAAAGAAACAAGAAACAAAACUUCAGGAAGAACGACUGCAGUGUUCUCUGAAAAGAGCAACUGCAGCACCAAAGAAGAAGAUGGGAAGAAAACUGGUAUUUCGCUCACAGCCUCCAGAGAUUAGACAGGAGGAGGUGUGCCUGAAAGAGAUCAACACAAAAAUGCAAGACGACAUAUUUUUCACUUGAGUUUAAAAGUAGUUGUACCUUCUUAAAGACGGUGUUACAGUGUUGUAGGUCUAUCUUCCUACUUAGUUCAUCUAGAGCAAAAGAUUAAUAUUCUGUACUGUAGUUUAACAGAACUUACAAACAAAGAGGAGUUAUCACUAACAUGCAGGGAUCCUUAGUGUAAGUAGUAAACCUACUUUGUACAUCAGAUGUGAAAAAGCCCAGAAUGUCUUCACUGAUCAUUCUGUUACACCAGUACCCUUAUCAGCAGAGAAAAAUGCCAUUCCCACAAUUCCUUCAGUACACUCCAGUGUAGUCAGCUUAGAAAGACAGCUGUUUGCAACAGUAAAAAAAAUCCUCAUGGACUUUUGAGCUGCUCUAUAAUAUGACUGCAGUGCAAUGAAAGAGAUAGGACACCCUUUGUUACAUAAAAUGAUAUGCCACAAUCCUGUUGAUAUGCACAACUUUAAAGAUAAAGUUUACCAUGGGAAGCCACUUAGAUGCAAGAGUUCAUCUUUAAGAAUAGAAUAAAUAAUAAUAGUAAUACAUAUUAGUAUUUUAAAUGUCAUUUCAUCCCAUCAACUAUGUAAUCUUAUUUCAGUUUCAGACUGAAAGAUUUCCUCUAGC